UAUAAUCCCUGGAAAUGGUCGGGGCAUUAAUACCUGCGUGGCAUCUGAGAGUGCCAGCUUGAGGAAGUGUAUAUAUAAGCUGAGGAGAGACACUCCAAGCUACUCAAUCUCUCACAACGACCGCUGGAGACAUGAAGGCUUUUGUGGUUUUGGCUCUGGUGGGCGUCACUUGCGCUGCGCCCAAUUUCUUGGUGCCUUACUCAGGCGCAGUAGUGGGCGUACCUGCUCCUCUAGCACCCGUCUCCUACGCGAGCCAGUUCCACGCCCAGGAUGAGCUAGGCCAAGUCAACUAUGGUUUUGCUAUUCCUGGUCAAGCCAAGAACGAAAUCCGCGACGCCUUCGGUAACGUGGCCGGCGUCUACACCUACAUCGACGCCGACAACAAGCCCGUGCACGUCGAGUACACGGCCGGCGUCAACGGCGUGCAGUUCAAGAGCAACAACUUGCCCGUUGGGCCUGAUGGUUCUAACCUUGUUGCCCCAGAACCUGUUACAGACACUCCAGAAGUCGUGGAUGCAAGAGCCGCCUUCAUGGAGGCCUACAACGCCGCUGUUGCCGCUGCCACCACAGACCCAGCUCCAGAAGCUCCUGUUGAAACUGCUGACGUGGCUGCCCCUGCAGCACCUGCCCCUGAAACACCUGCUCCUGAAGCACCUGCUCCUGAAGCACCUGCUCCUGAAGCACCUGCUCCUGAAGCACCUGCUCCUGAAGCACCUGCUCCUGAAGCACCUGCUCCUGAAGCACCUGCUCCUGAAGCACCUGCUCCCAAGGCAGCUGCCUCUGUGGCUCCAGUUGGUCCUCCUGAGCCAGUGCAGGACACUCCAGAAGUGGCAAAGGCAAAAGCCGAAUUCCAGGCGGCCUAUGACGCUGCCGCUGCUGCUGCAGAAGCCACAGACGCUUUACAAGUGGCUGCUACCCAGGACGUCCCCGCCCCGGUGAAGGACACCGCGGAUGUCGCCGCUGCCAAAUCCGAGUUCCAGGCCGCCUUCGACGCUGCCGCAGCACGCGCUAAGGCCGCACCCGAUUUCGACCUGGAUGGUAAGAUCUCCACCUUAUCCGGCUUCCUCUCCGGUAUUGACGGCAAACUGUCCCCCUUCUACACCGACAGCCUCCCCUACGGCGCCUACGGCCUGCACGCCCCUGUGUUUCCUGGAGCUCCGUUUGUUGUUGGCGUGAAGGAUAAAACAGGAGCGCCUCUCACCUACAGUGCUCUUGGCACACCUCAAGCCUACAGCUUCCCAGGUGUCUACGGAUUCCAAGGUACUUUCGGCUACCCUGGUACUUUCGGCUACCCUGGUACUUUCGGCUACCCUGGAUACCCUUUCAUCCAGGUCGCUAAGCCCAAGGAAUAAUACCCUCCUGCUCCCCUGCCGCUUGUGAGACUUAGGUAUAGAACUGUGCCCGGUGAAAGCAUCAUCAUGAAAAACUCACCCCGUAUUAGUACAGUUAUUUCAACUGGAAUUGCAUAGUAAAACUGUAAUUCGUAAUAAAUAUGAAUGUUUUUCAAA